AUGAAUGUGAGGACAACGAUGACCGUUGUAGUGCACAUUCAGACAUGCUUGAACGAUGACGAUGACGAUGAUAAUGAUAAUGAUGAUGAUGAUGAUGAUAAUGAUGAUGACGAUAGUGACAACAACGACGACAACAACAACAACAACAACGAUGAUGAUGAUGAUAAGGAUAAUACAUUGGUUGAAAGCAUGUGGGAAGAACCGUUUGGUGCUGAUAUGAAAGAAGAAAUAGUUGUUCGAAUGAAAAUGGCAAAAGUGAAAUAUCAAAAGAAGGAAAAAAUGUAA